UACGUCGAAACUUUCGAGAAUUGUUCAAGCACACUUCACGUAGUAUGUUCAGCACAAGGGGCAUGAGUGAAUUGCUCUAGGGCCUGUACAUAAUGUGACGAAGGCUGUUCAGGAUUGGCAGUUCAUUUUGCAAAUAAGGUGUAACUGUCUACUUUUGGAUAUUACAAUUUACCUAGGGAACGCAGACAAUACAGUGUCAGCCAGUUAAUUGCAUGUACAGUACUAUACUAUCAAGAAUAUAGCUUCAAUUUCUGAUUCGUGGGAUAGUUACUUCAAGUGUGUCGAAGUGAAAUAUUCGAGAAAUCCAAACGGCGAAGGAACCAUUUACGUUACCACGUACAUGUACCACAUACAUGAGUCAUCAGGUCACAAAUUUGUUAAUUCAAUUUGGAUAAAUCAUAACUAUUUCGCAUAGAAUAACUCAAAACAAUGGCGAGUAUCAUCAACUCCGACGCAAGCGACAUGCCGACAGAACAUGUCAAGAUCAACGACACGACCGAACUGGUCAAGUUUAGCGACAACAAACACAAAUACAACAACAGGACCUUCACCAAGGUCAAACAGAAGAUGUUUGAUUACACCUGCGACAUCCGGUUGAAGGUGGACUCGGAAAUGUUCCAAGCUCACAAGGAAGUCCUCGGGGAUGCGAGUGAUUAUUUCGCCGCCAUGUUCAGCGUGGACAUGAAGGAAAAAGAGCAGGACAUGAUCGAGUUGUAUGACAUAAGCCCGACAGGUUUCUCUGCCUUGUUGGAGUACUUCUAUCACGGCCACAUUGCGUUCACGGCGGAUAAAAUCGAGGACAUCAUUGAGGCUUCUCGGUUUUUCCACGUGGAGUGGCUGAUAGAGGUCUGUUGUGAUUUCCUUGUCCGCCAUCUUAGCAUCGAGAACUAUUACCAGGUACUCCAACUAGCGGACAAGUACUAUUUGGGCGAUCUGCGGAUCGAUAUCUUCAGACAUGUUGGGCGGAACUUCCAGCACAUGUCAAGCCAACUGCACUUCAUGAACAUUUCUUAUGAUUUGCUUCACCAGUUGCUCUCUGACGACUUCUUCAUCGAAGCUCCUGAGAACAUCGUUUUGAACACUGUCUUAAACUGGGUCGACCAUGACAAUGAAAACAGGCAUCAGCACCUCUUCCCGCUGCUCAAAGAGGUCCGGUUUGCGCUUGUUGAUCCUGAAUUCAUUCGAGGACUUGGGGAGGAGAUCCUCGGGAAUGAAGAUAUCGCCGCCUUGCUGGAGAAGGCGAAGGAGUAUCAUGAAAAGCCGUAUCAGCAAUGCUUGGAAGAGCCCGAGAAUGUCUGCGUACGCGGUAGCCAUCAGGUCAUCGCGCUUAUCUCUGCCGUGGAGGAGGCAGAUAGCAUCCAGUUCAAGGUACCAGGAACAGAGGGCUUCUACGUCCAGGCCAUGGACACCACACAUCUUGAUGUUAACUUUGAAUUCGCCAGGGUAGGGACGAUGGGGAACUUUCUAUUCGUCGCGGGCGGGUAUUGCAGGAAUUAUUGCAGCAGUGCCGCAUGUUACAGAUACGAUCCCCGCAAUGGAGGUUGGUUGGAGAUCGCACCCAUGAACUUGCCGCGUGUCAGUUUCGGAUUUGCUACGUCGCAGGACUCCCUGUUCUCCGUUGCCGGCGUCCUCCAUGUUGUUGAUGAGGAUGACAACGAUCAGGAGUCAUUUCUAUCGUCUGCUGAACGGUAUGAUCCUGUUUUGAACACGUGGCACGCACUGCCGGAUAUCCCUUACCGAUGCUCAGACUGCGCAGUCGCAGUCUGUGGCAACAACGUGUUCGUUUCAGGUGGAAUCUCGGAUGAUGUGCACGACCCAAUUCCAGUGAAUUACGUCGUUGAAUACACUCCGGGCGACGAGACCUGGACCCCAAAGUCACCAAUGCUAAACCAGCGACAGGGACACAGCAUGUUAGGUCACAAGGGGAAAAUCUACUGUUUCGGGGGCUACACGGCACAAAACGAAAUCUCAUUUGGUGACUGCUACAACAACGAACUCUUUGAUUUAGAAACUGAGCAAUGGAGUGCAAUUUGCAGUACACCUCGCGUCUAUGGUCACCUGCAACCCUCGAUUACUAUCUUCGAGGAUACGAUCUACUUCAUUGGUGGUUCAUUCACAAGUCGUCAUCUUUACGGUUAUAAUACUGACACCGAUGAAAUAUCGGAGGGAGAAUACUGUGGAGUGAAUUACCAGAAACUCGCCACGCUGAAGAUUGGUCUCCCUUACCACUUGCUUCCCGCAGAGUAGGAUAUGUGGCGAACAUGCAUAACCGGUACGUUUAACUAUAAAUCGCUGAUUGAAAAAGCUGGCUGAACCACUUCGUGCAGUGCAUUUAUUUUACACGGACUCUACGUGCAUCUCUCUGCUCUAAAAGCUGGCGUCAAUAACUUUAAAUUUCGCAUGCAAAUGUGACUCUGCAUGUGAUCAUGUUCUCGAUACCGGUCUCGUAUUUUUCGAAUUUGGAGCCACUCGGAAGCCAAUGCUAUGUGAUUGCUAUGCAUAGUACAUUACGAUUCAUCCACUAUGUUUGAGUCGUGUUCGUCCUGCAGCAGCAAAUAGUCUUUGGAAUAUUUAGCUUGGAUUCAACGAAUAAUUUUCACUGAGGAACUAGUAUCUUUUGUCUACUAUCCAACCAAGCCAGUGCGUUGUGUGCCGAUUCUUCGCACACCACGCCAUCUAGAUUUUCCUGAAUGCAAAAUCCAUGAGGUGAUCUUGCAGAUCUUACAGCUGCUCGAGGUCAUUUUGCUGAUCACCUGAUGUUAUCAGUCUUUCUCAUAACUGAUGGUUACUCUUACUUUAUUAACAACUCGAACUAUCGUGAAUGUCAAUGGCAUCUGAUUACCACCUUAAUAGCCUCAGGCAUCAUCACUUCCGUUACAAGUAACUCGGCACGUGAUAUGGGGAAGAAAUCAGUUUCUUGAAAGGACAUACCACUUUGAUCUAUUCCAUUCAUUACAAUCAACGAUGUGACGAACAUAAGAUAUUACGAGUACUUAUUUCUCUCUUGUGUCUGUAUUCACAAUGUGUAUCACUGCUCUCGAACCAACGAUAAUCGGUUGUAGUUUCAUGGACGUUUCGUUGGGAAGCCCAUACAAGGAGCUCGUACGUGGUGCUAUUCUAUUACUCAGCAACCGGUACCACUGGCGAGGCUUUGAGAUUGCUGGUGCAGCAGCUGCAGAUGGACUUGGUGAAGACUUGGCGGAAGCUGCCAAUGACAGAAGACAAUAGCAAAGGUCGACCGCAUUUUUGAUGGCUUCAGCCAUUAGCGAAGAGAACCAGCAUCGAAUGUGCAUGCCAAUACUGUAUGAAUAAGCACGUUGAAGUUUGAUCUUGACAAUAGGUCCAAUAAAUAUUCCUUGUCCUUUUCA